AUGCUGAGGGAAGGAAUGCUCCUUCCCACAUCCCUUCUCCGUUUCAGACACCCGCAUUUUGGACUACUCCAUCCCAUCUUCUCAGGCUUAUCUUACCCCGACUCACCAUCCUCAUCCCUUCACAGAAGCAUCUGUACUCACGUAUGUACAAUGCAGUCAACAUCGCAGCGUACUCACUCCUUAAUUUUCACGCCUUAACAUAAUUACUGUACAUGCUCUUGGACAUUUGGACACUAUUAUUGACCACCAGACACUGCUUUGACUCGUCGUACAUACACACUCCCUCUAGCGCACCGUAAAUACGUGAUGGAUAAUGACUGCAUCGUGA